AUAAUCCCAUUUCAGCAUGGGGAAAAAAAAAGUUGGGUGGAAUGAUGGAGAAGUGAAGAGAAGAGUUGAGAAACAUUUAUACGAUAAUAAAUAGAGUCCACCCAUCGUCCAAACCCUCAUUAUGUUGGUUUAUAGGCCAACUGUGUGGGAUAAUUGUAAAGUCGGAAUUAGCACUACUCUAGUUGAGUUUCGCACAAUGUCAUGGAUUUCUACGGCAAGAGAACCCUCCUCAGCCUAAUGGACACCGAAAAGCCAGAAUCACCCAUUCACCUCCGUCACAGAGAGAUAAACGAACAAGACGUGGAGUUCAGCCCCCCAAGACCCUCAACCUCCGACACCAAUGGCGUCUUCCCCAUGAUGCCAGAUUCACCAUGGACACUCUCCCCUCUCCCAAACCCUUCACCCUCCUUACUCUACCACUGCAUCGCCUCCCUCCACCGCCACGAGGGCAACAUCUACGCCAUCGCCGCCUCCAAGGGCUUGGUCUUCACCGGCUCCAACAGCACCAGAAUCCGCGUCUGGAAGCAGCCAGAUUGCAUGGACAGAGGCUACCUCAAAGCCAGUUCAGGCGAAGUCAGAGCCAUCUUGGCCUACAGCAACAUGCUCUUCUCCACCCACAAGGACCACAACAUAAGAAUCUGGACCUUCACCGUCUCUGAUAACUUCAAGUCCAAGAAACUCGCCACCCUCCCUCGGAAAACCUCGCUCCUAGCAUUCCCCACAAGAGGUAGAAGAAACACGCCAAAGCACAAAGACUCCGUCUCCUGCAUGGCUUACUACCACUCCGAAGGCCUCUUGUACACCGGCUCCCACGACCGAACCGUGAAGGCGUGGCGCGUCUCCGACAAAAAAUGCGUUGACUCCUUCGUGGCGCACGAGGACAACGUCAACGCCAUAUUGGUCAACCAAGACGACGGUUGCCUCUUCACCGGUUCCUCCGACGGGUCGGUGAAGAUAUGGAGAAGGGUCUACACGGAAGACUCGCACACGCUAACCAUGACGCUGAAAUUCCAACCCUCGCCCGUGAACGCUCUUGCAUUGAGCUCCUCCUUCAACCACUGCUUCCUCUACUCGGGGUCCUCCGACGGGAUGAUAAACUUCUGGGAGAAGGAGCGGUUGUGCUACCGGUUCAACCAUGGAGGGUUCUUGCAGGGUCACCGCUUCGCGGUGCUGUGUUUGGGUACGGUGGGUAACAUGAUAUUCAGUGGGUCGGAGGACACGACGAUAAGGGUGUGGAGGAGGGAGGAGGGGAGCUGCUACCACGAGUGUUUGACGGUUUUGGAUGGCCACAGAGGGCCCGUGAGGUGUUUGGCGGCGUGUCUGGAGAUGGAAAAGGUAGUGGUGGGGUUUUUGGUGUAUAGUGCUAGUUUGGACCAGACAUUUAAGGUUUGGAGGAUUAAGGUUUUGCCGGAUGAGAAGAUGUGCGUCGACUACAGUAACACUACUGCUACUGAACCAUCGCACUGUCAGGCCAAGGUCAAGAUUAGAGACUACGAUAUGAGCCCCGUUUUGUCGCCUUCCUGGGUCGAGAAGAAGCUUCAAGGUAGCUUUUUUCAGUAGCUACCUACCUACCAAUAAUAUAUAAUCAAUAGUGCUGUAAACUAAUUAGUACAAUAAUCGUCAUUCAUUUAUUAAUAACUGCAUGUCUUCCCUACGCUCGAUCAAGGAGCUGUAGAAGGAUAACCACAAGCAACCAUGUCUCAUUUCUCUUCUACCUCUUCAUACUUGGAUAAAGGAAAUUAUACCCAUAUUUUUAUUUACU